GUUUUAUCCUGUGUUGGGUUAUCCUCGGUAAUAUUGCAUAAAUGUGUUUUGACUUGUAGUUUUAUUUCCUGAAUAAAUCAAAUCACAGUUGCUUAUAAUCAGCGAAUCUGGCGGCGCUCCUCCAACUCACUUUGUUGUUCGCCUUUUCGCCCAGCAGGGGCGCUAUAGCCUCGUUGCUGUAUCCACGCGAUGCCUUAAAGAAAAUCUCGUGACUUGUUUGGAUUUUCCCAAAGAUGGCGGCGCCUCCAGCUGAGGUUAGCCUGCAGUCUCUCAUCAACAAGUCCACCAACCCUCUGAACAAAGAGAUGGACUGGGACAGUAUCAGGGGCUUCUGUGAUCAGCUCAGCAAUGAACCGGAUUGUCCUCAGCUCGCAACCAGGCUUCUGGCCCACAAAAUCCAGUCUCCUCAGGAGUGGGAGGCCAUGCAAGCACUUACGGUUCUGGAGACGUGCAUGAAGACCUGUGGAAAGCGGUUUCACAGAGAAGUGGGAAAGUUUCGCUUCCUUAACGAGCUCAUCAAGGUCGUCUCACCAAAGUAUUUGGCUUCACGGGCUCCGGAGCUGGUGAAGAAGAAGGUCCUGGAAAUGAUGUACAGGUGGACCGUGGAGUUGCCUGAUGAAACCAAGAUAGCAGAUGCCUAUCAGAUGCUGAAGAAACAGGGAAUUGUCAAACAGGCUCCAGGACUUCCUGAGGACAUGUCCCCCCAACCCACUGCACCCAGAUCCAAACAUGCCAUCUUUGAGGAUGAGGAGAAAGCCAAGACGCUGUCCCGCUUACUGAACAGCACUCAGCCUGAAGAUCUACGAGCAGCAAACAAGCUCAUAAAGGAAAUGGUUCAGGAGGACCAAAAGCGAGUGGAGAAGGUGUCCAAGCGUGAAAAGGCCAUCCAGGAGGUGAAGGAGAGCGUGAGCCUGCUGAGCCAGCUGCUGGAGGGUUACAGCGAGGAGAGACGCUCCCCGAGCAGCCAGGAGCUCCUGAAGGAUCUCUACAUGCGCUGUGAAAAGAUGAGACCCACACUGUUCCGAUUAGCCAGCGACACGGAGGACAGCGACGAUGCUUUGGCCGACAUCUUACAGGCCAACGACAGUUUAACACAAAUCAUCAACCUGUACAGACAGCUGGUCCAGGGGGAGGAGCUAAACAUGGAUGGUCCCACGCCGAGCGCAAAAACAGAUAGCAGAAGCACAGCACUGGUAGAUCUGACUGGAAUCAACUUAUCAGCCGACCCGGGAAUCUCGGACCGACAGACUCAGAGCCUCGGACUCAGCCUCCUGGACGACGAGCUCGUGUCAGUGGGACGGAGUGUAACAGAAAACUGUGACCGAGACGACACUUACCAGAUCUCGGAUAAUCCACAUCUGUCUCCUCCACUGGACCCGGCUGGCAUCUUGCUCUCGGUGGUGGCACAGCCUCUGUCUGCUGCACCAGCAGAGGGCACUGCUGCGCCUCCCAAAGCCAUGGACGAACUGGAUUUGCUGGGGAAGACUCUGUUGGAGCAGUCGCUUCCUCCAGAAAGCCAGCAGGUCAAAUGGGAUAAAACCCAACCUCAUUCUAAACUCACUUUACGAGAUCUCCAGUUUAAGGCCAGCACAGGUUCUAGAUCUGCUUCAGCUACAACCAGCACACCUCUGGUUCCCGGGUCCACUUCCAGCCGCGCUGUCCCUUCAGAGCCGCUAGACUCUCCUGCUUCUGAUCCCAGUGGUACAGCUGCUGAGAGAAGCUUGUCACCGACUGCUGAAGCCCAUAAUGUCUCAUUAGCGGAUAUCAUCGUGCCUCUGGAAUCUGUUAAACCGAGCAGCUUCUUGCCGGUGACCGUAUUUGACAAAUGCAGUCUGCGGGUUUUGUUCCACUUUGCUCAUGACUGUCCGCCGUCACGGCCUGACGUCCUGGUGGUGAUCAUCUCCAUGUUGUCCUCAGCGCCCGUUCCUGUCACCAACAUCCGCUUCCAGGCAGCUGUGCCCAGAGUGAUGAAAGUGAAACUGCAGCCACCCUCCGGCUCCGAGCUCCCUGCCUUCAGCCCGCUGCUGCCUCCAGCCGCCAUCACGCAGGUCCUACUGUUAGCGAACCCACACAAGGAGAAGGUGCGUUUGCGCUACAAGUUGACCUUCAUCCUUGGGGACAAAUCACAUGAUGAAUCGGGAGACGUGGACCAGUUCCCGCCUCCACACAGCUGGGGGAACCUUUAGGGAGGCCUGUCUUCACCCAUCGCAUUCUGUUUACACGUCAGCAGUUUGAAACGGGUCUAACAUGAACAGACAUGGCGGCGGCAGCGAGGAACCGCCUAGUCUAUCUAGUGCCUUUGGUCCCCACUCACUGUCCCCGCUUUUGGCAGUGACCUGGUGAUGUGAAGAUAACCGUUAAACAUGAAGAAUCAGACUGUUGGGAAAACGAGCUGAACCCGUCAAAACUUGGACAUCUGGAUUCUGAUUCUCCGUCCUGGAACACGUCACACCAGAGUCCGACGUUUGUCUCUUAAUGUUUCAUGUUCAUUUUAUGAACUGGGACUUGAUGUGACAUCACUGAGAACCAUCAUGGAAAACCAAAUCCACGCAGAGCAGCACAGCGUCAUCUUUAAGAUUUUUUUUUUAAGUUUUUCAAUGUUUAAAAUGUAUAACUUUAAAUGUCUGCACUCUUAACCAUUUUGAUUUCACGUUUCCCCCUGAAGUUGCACAUUAUUUACAUGUGGAUUAAUUUUGCACAUCACCACCUUUUGCCAUCUUUGUGUUGUUGGUGAAUCCAAAUAGCGGGCGAGCAGACUGACCGCUCACUUCCACCACAUGUGCCUGAGAUAUGAAACUUUAGGUUUCUCUCUGCUUUGUAAAUGUGUACAAACGACUGAACUGAUAAUGUUUUCUAUAUUCCUGUUAUAUUGCUGAAGACUGAAUCAGAUGAUGCUGCAGAAUGAUCUGAAGUGUUUGUAAAAGGCAGCACCCCUCUGUGAUCCUUCUGAGGU